AUGGUCACCGACGUGAAUACCAUUGCUACCACCUAUGGUGCCAUACUUAUCGGAACGUUCUUUGGUUGCUGUUUGACUGGAGUUGUGUUCGUACAAUGCAUCAUAUAUUUCAAAGUCUAUCCUUCGGACUUCCUUCGUGUUAAAUUACUGGUCGCCCUUGUUUGGUCACUUGACACGCUACACACCAUUCUCAUUACUGUCGCAGUAUGGCAAUCUAUGGUUGGGAACUUCAACAAGCCAGAAAACAUAGAUAUCAUUCCAACGAGUCUCGGGCUUUCUGUAGCAGUGACGGCUGGCAUCACUUUCUUAGUUCACUGUUUCUUUGCAGACCGGAUUAGAAAAUUGACAAAGAAAUGGUAUCUCGCUGCACCUCUUGUUUUUCUCGCAUCUCUACGGCUUCUUUCUGCUUGUGUUUCUACCGCCGAGAUUAUUCGACUAAAGCGCUACUCUGAAUUCAUCAAACCGUUCCCAUCCUGGGUAUUCACUCUCGGCGUUACGCUUUCGGCGUCGGUUGAAUUCAUUAUAACAACCACCAUGAUUAUCUUCUUAAAGAAGAGUCGCACUGGCUUUGAAAGCAUGAACCACAUAAUUAACUCUCUUGUUCUGUAUACGCUAGAAACUGGAGGAAUUACAUGCGCUGUGACGAUUAUUUCUUUGAUCUGUUGGUUAUGCAUGCGGCAUAAUUUGAUUUUCCUGGGGCUUCAUUUUGCCAUCGCAAAACUUUACGCGAACUCUUUACUUGCCACCUUGAACACACGCAAACGCCUACGAGAAGAUCGCUCCUUCUCGAGUCACGGUGAUCACGCAAUGCCUGUACUCUUCCCUGAUACAUUCAAUGUGAAUCGCAGUAGAUUCUCCAAGCGCAUGCUCGGUAGUCAAAUAGCCACAACUAGGAGUUUGCAGAUCAAUGUCGAGAAGACUAUUAUAGUUGAUGGGGAACUACUAGAAACUGAGGGAUCUUGUGCAGGUUCAACAGCGACGAUGCCGGUAUAA